AUGACGCUCUACUACAGUCUUGUCUUCCUCCUCCUGGUGACGGAGAUGCUCAUCUUCUGCGCUCUCAUUGUCCCGCUGCCGUUCACAUGGCGCCGCAAGCUCUUCACGUUCAUAUCAGAGAGCCCGAUCAUCGCCAAGCUCCAGUAUGGCAUGAAGAUUACUUUCAUCUUCAUCCUUAUCCUCUUUGUAGACAGCGUCAACCGUGUCUACCGCGUCCAGGUCGAGCUGUCGAGCUUUGGUGGCAACAACCAGCAGGGAGGACAAGCUCUCGGCGGAAUUGAGCGCAUGGAGGUCCAGGCUCGCAAAUUUUACUCUCAGCGCAACAUGUACCUUUGCGGUUUCACCUUGUUCCUCUCCUUGAUCCUCAACCGCACCUACGUCAUGAUCCUCGAUGUUCUCCGCCUCGAAGAGGAGCUCAAGACAUACAAGGGCGAGACUGGCACCAAGAAGGGUUCUUCCCUCAAGGACGUCCAGGGCGGCGCUGGUGAGGUUGGCAAGCUGAAGAACGAGCUCGCCGCCAAGGACCGCGACAUGGAGAACCUGAAGAAGCAGGUUGAGAGCAUGCAGAAGGAGUACAACCGCAUGGGCGACGAAGUCUCUGGCAAGCAAUAG